GGGCGGUUUCGGUACGUGGAUUGCUACCAAACCAAACGGCAUAUUUGUUUGUUGUAAAGAAAGUGGCGGACAAGAAUGACUCUUCUCGAUAAACUGAUACAGAAAGCCGAUAUUGAAGCGGGUUUGCAUUACAGAAAUCCGUCGCUGCCGUGCAUCUGUGGAUUACCCGGUGGACUUAACAUAGGUAGCAAGAUCUACAUCAAGGGAAUUGUGCCCAACGAUUGUUCCGGGUUUUCUGUGAACCUGCAAAGAGGUGCCUGUGACGAAACUGCUGAUAUAUAUUUCCAUUUUAAUCCACGAUUUCCCAGUGAUGCCGGUAGACAAGUUGUUAGAAACAGUAGAUAUAAAGAAGAAUGGGGUAAGGAAGAAACGGAUGGGGAAUCCCCGUUCGUGCCUGGAAAGCCUUUUUUCAUGAUACUCACUUCUUACAGAAAUACCUACGAGGUUGAAGUCAAUGGAGAUCUGUUCUGCAGCUUUACCCACAGAGAAAAUUUAUCGUUAACGAACGUAACUCAUCUCUGUAUUGAGGGGAAUCUCAUUGUGCAGUCACUUCACAUACCAGUAGAAACAAUGCCGAAACAUUUGAGAUUAGCCAUACCAGGAAAUGCCAAAAUUGGAGAUAUAUACAACAUCAGAGGAACUGUGAAUCACGGUGCAGAGCAAUUUGUGACAAACAUCCAGUGUGGUCCUGGAAAGCACGACGACAUCGUAUUGCAUUUUAACCCCCGUUUUGAAGACCGUAAUGUCGUACGUAACACGAGAUCCGAUGAUAAUUGGGGAAGCGAAGAAAAGAAAGGCAAGAUGCCCUUUGAGGAGGGUGAACAAUUUUAUCUUCAGAUUGCUGUUUCGUCAGAAGAAUUUAAUAUUAGAGUGAACAAAAGUUCCUUCGCCCUAUUCUCACAUCGUUUAGACGUUUCUUACGCUUCCGUACUGUAUAUCGAAGGUGAUGUUAAUAUAGAAGACGUGUGGAUCGAUCGCACACCGACCCAUCUGCAGGCGGAAAGUUCGCAAGAAGGAAUUAAGAAUCUGCAGAAAUCCAAAUUUCAGACAUUUUUUCCGGAGCUUCCAGUUACUUCUAGAAUAAUAAAUGGGCUAAAAGCGGGAAAUAUCGUCGUUAUAUCGGGUAUAAUCGAUAAACAGCCUGAAAGAAUGGCAGUCAAUCUACAAUGCGAUAACAGCAAACACGCGGAUAUCGCUUUACACUACAAUCCAAGAUGGUCGUCGGGCAACGAUAUGAUCGUCAUUAACAGUCGACAAGACGAGAAAUGGGGCGAAGAAGUUCGCGUUACGGGAAAAUUUCCGUUUUCGGCGGGAGUCCAUUUUGAAAUUCAGAUUUUGUGCCAGAAUGAAAGCUAUUCGAUUCUGGUCAACGGAAUACAGAGUUCCGUUUUACCUCACAGAAUGGAAUUGGAUCGAGUGGAUCACAUCAGCGUCGAAGGAUCUGCAGCAGUUCACAGAAUUUUGGUAGUGUAGAAUUAUAGGGGAAAAAUUUUUUUUUCCUUCCCUCUGAAUGAACUGGGUUUGUAUUUUGCUAGAUUUCUAUACAGUAACACGUUUCUAAAAUAUCUGUAAAAAAGAUUUAUAUAAUCAAUUAAUGAGUGCUAGACUAAUUUUGUAAUACCCACAACGUAACCACUCUUUUUAGCACUGAUAAUUGUGAAAAUUUGUUAAUUUUUAAUAAAAAAAUUUUUUAUAAAUUAA